AUGUCAAACUUACCCAUUACCGCCCGCCAUGAGCGUGCUCUCGGCGCGCUACUUGGCGUACACGUCGGCGAUUCCCUCGGUGCCACUGUUGAAUUCGACGCCUGGGAACACAUUCAAAAGGAUUAUCCACGCGGCGUGAGGGACAUCGUCGGUGGUGGUCCAUUUGACUGGCCACCCGGGCAUGCAACCGACGACACAGACCUCACUCGCGCCGUUCUGCUCGCUUACCGUGACGUCGAAAAGCUGAAGCGAUCACAGUCCCCCAAGCUGCCAGACGUGGUCAGGCUUGCCGCCCAAUACAUGGUCGAUUGGUACGAUGGGCGCUCCUGGCCCGGCCGGGACCGAAACGAGACACCCCGCGACGUCGGCGGCGCUACGGCAAAUGGCAUCUCAAGGUUCAAGCGGACGGCCGAUCCGCGGACUUCCGGCGCCGGAGAGGGCCGCGCGGGGAACGGCUCACUCAUGCGGUGUAUCCCCACCGCCCUGUUCCAGCCCGAUAUGGCCAAGCUAUUGACGGAAUCUCUGGAGAUUUCGGCUGUCACGCACGACGAUUCCCACUGUAUAAUCUCUUGCGCGGUAUACAAUGUGAUGGUACAGGCACUCGUCGAGGGGAAGUCAGCCGACGAGGCUUGGCAGGCGGGGAAGGACGCGGUGGCGCAGGCCACCGCUCUGGCUGCGGCGGAGACGACGGCAGCUCGGAAAGUACAGCUGGAGCGUGCGGCGAGUAAGGUCGAAGGGGCCAUGGACGCAGGCAAGUCGCUAGUGCAGGUUCGGGACCUCGCUGAGAACGGACCGAAACGAGCUGCCAACGCCACCAAGGCUUUGCCCUUCAAGGCGUCUGGUUAUGUCCUCGAAUCUCUGACAUUGGGUAUCGCUGCCCUCCUGGAUCCUCGCCCGUUGGAAGAGGUGCUUAUUGAUGUGGUACGGUUCGGCCAAGAUACUGAUACCAACGGUGCCAUCGCAGGGGGGUUGCUUGGAGCACGGGAUGGUGUUAACGCCAUCCCAUUGCGGUGGAGGGAGUUGCUGCAAUUCGGGGACGAGUUUUCCGAGGUUACGGAGUAUUUGCUGUCAUCCCAGGAGAGCGGUAAUCAGACAUAG